AUACGGACUACGGAGUAUUACAAUAGCACUACUCUACUUCCUAAAUACAACCACAAAACUAAACUGAACGACACUCUUCUACCAAACAAUAGUUAUACUUUCUCUCUCUCUCUUUUCUCUCCAUUUCUCUUCUCCUUCUUCUCCCUCCAUUCUUCAUUCUUCUUCCUUCUUCACAAUUUCCUCAAUUUAAAUUUUCUCUCUUUUGAAGCGUCCAUUGAAAUUGAAACUGUUAUUGUGAUUGCUCUUAUAGAUCCACAUUUUGUUUCUUCCUUCUCAUUCUACCUCCACCUUGGCCGCCAUGGAUGGAAUUCAAGUUCACAUCUAUGGCUGUCUAUUGAUUUUUAUUGUAUUAUCUUUAUCCGCCACUACGGCAUUGCCUGCUCGUCCGGCUAAGACCACUACAAUUACUUCCACUUCUUCUCCGAGUCAAGUUAAUUCUAACUCAGUUCUUGUUGCAUUGCUUGACUCACAUUAUACCGAGUUAGCUGAGCUCGUUGAGAAAGCUCUUCUUUUACAAAAACUUGAAGAUGUUGUUGGCCACAAAAAUAUUACCAUCUUUGCUCCAAAGAAUGAAGCUUUAGAGCGUGAUUUAGACCCCGAUUUUAAACGGUUUUUACUUGAACCCGGGAAUCUUCAUUCUCUUCAAACUUUGCUUCUUUUCCAUUUCAUUCCUGUCCGAGUCAACUCAGACGAGUGGCCGAGUCAUAACUCGGAUGGUAUCCACCACCUUACUUUGUCCAAUCAAAAGGUUCAUUUAUACCAUCAUAAAAAAUCGGGGGAGAAAACUGUGGAUCUUGCGAAGGUUAUCCGACCAAAUGAUUUAAUCCGACCCGAUGGUGUGAUCCAUGGGAUUGAAAGAUUAUUGGUUCCACAAUCCGUAUUGGAAGAUUUCAACCGCCGUCGUAAUCUCCGCUCCAUAUCCGCCGUAUUACCCGAAGGUGCCCCGGUGGUUGACCCGAGAACAAAUAAAUUAAAGAAAAGUAAAAAAACGGGUCCACCACCACCACCCGGAGCACCACCCGCUCUACCCAUUUAUGCCGCAAUGGCACCAGGUCCAUCAUUGGCCCCAGCUCCCGCUCCAGGACCAGGUGGGCCCCACCAUCAUUUUGAUGGCGAGGCCCAAGUAAAAGACUUCAUUACAACCCUACUACAUUAUGGUGGUUACAAUGAAUUAGCCGAUAUUUUAGUUAAUCUUACAUCAUUAGCAACCGAAAUGGGAAGAUUAGUUUCAGAAGGGUAUGUAAUUACAGUUUUAGCUCCUAAUGAUGAAGCAAUGGCAAAGCUUACAACGGAUCAAUUAUCCGAACCCGGAGCUCCGGAACAGAUUAUGUAUUAUCAUAUGAUACCCGAAUAUCAGACCGAAGAAAGUAUGUAUAAUGCUGUAAGAAGAUUUGGGAAGAUAAAGUAUGAUACUUUGAGAUUACCACAUAAAAUUAGUGCCGAAGAAGCUGAUGGGUCGGUUAAAUUCGGGCAAGGUGAUGGUUCGGCUUAUUUAUUUGACCCGGAUAUUUAUACGGAUGGUAGAAUUUCUGUUCAAGGGGUUGAUGGAGUUUUAUUUCCUUUGGAAGAAAAGGAUGAUAAAAGUGAUAGUAUUGAGAAAUCUACUCCUGUUAGUACUAAGCUUGUCUCUCCCAAGUCUAGAAGAGGGAAAUUGCUGGAAACAACAUGUUGGAUGCUAGGCACCAUGAGACAGCAGUUUGAUUCUUGCCAAUGAACGACACGCAGUCUCGGGGCUUACAGUUAGGCAUCACAAAAAACAACAAGAUGUAAAAUUGGUGAAAAAAGUGAACAGCUUCAGACGGUCACACAAUAUUAGAGAGUGAUGUUAAUACAGUUUUCCCUUCUUUUUUCUUUUUUUUUUUCCUCGGUGAAGCAUAUUUCACGAAAUAUAUUGAAGGGGUAAAAUGGGGAAUGCAUGUUAGGGGAGCCUAAGUAGGAAUGUGCAAAAAAAUCCCCAAUUUAUUACCAUAAAGUUCCUGCAUAGUCCCUCCCCAGAAAGAGAUAAAAAGAUCAGAAGCUGCUGUAGUUAUAAAUAUGAGUAUACAGCUAAGUAAUGUUAAAAAAAAAAAAACAAUUGUAUUUUUUAAUUUUAUUUUUAUUAAUUGUUGGUGAUGGUGAAAGGUGUCGGUGGUGGUGGUGGGGUGGAAGGGCAAUUAAUUUUGUGUGAUUGGAGAGAGUUGGUAGGGCAAAGGUGGCAUUCACAUUCAGCAACUUUGUCCAAAUAACCUCUUCUUUAAUAAAGAAAUUUGGAAAUACACCCAAAUAGCUGUGCAUUUCAAUAAUAAUAAUAAAAAAACUUGAUUCUUUUGUGUUCAUAAA